AUGAAAUGGGUGGAAGGUGCAAAACCAGGCAUUGCCGUGGCUGGUGGUCAAGGAUAUGGAAAUGGUCUUACACAAUUGUCUUGUCCUCAAGGAGUCGUUGUCAAUCAAUUGGGCACUGCCUAUGUGGCUGAUCGAUGGAAUGAUCGAAUCAUGCGUUGGCCCAAAGGAGUCACACAAGGAAGUGUCAUUGUUGGUGGAAACGGUGAAGGAGGACAAUCCAACCAACUCAAUUGGCCCUUCGGUUUGUCAUUCGAUCGACACGGUAAUCUCUAUGUCGCCGAUUAUGGAAAUCAUCGAGUACAAAAAUUCAAUAUCGAAUUCAAAAGCGCCAAAGAGAUAUGCAGAGUUGAUCUCGGUGUAGGUACAUUGAGGUUAAAAGAAACACCUACCCCCUAA